CCCCCCGCCCAAUCACGACGCGCCCUCGCCCUCUGCGCCCGCGUGUGCAAAACCCGCCGGGCUCCAAGCGCCCGCGUCACUCGUUUCAUCCACUCGCCUGCUCGUCCACGCAGAGCCACACAGACACCGCAGUCACCUGCCACCAGACGCUGCUAGCCAGACCCUCCGCCCGCCAUGCAAUGCCUAUUGUCCACUCGGCGCCUCGGCUGGCUCUAUUCUCAGAACAUAGGCGACGAUGGGUGGACACGAUAGAGCCCGACUGUUCCCAUCCCGCCGUGAGGAACGUCACUUGCGGCUCCUCGAGUCUAGUUCUUGCAGGUAGAUAUACCCAAGGUAGGGCGUGUCUUUGUCUGUUCCAUUGUUUCGUACUCUGCUUCCGUAUCGCUCUCUCAUUGCUUUGUUUCAUUCCGAGUCACUUGAGGUUCGCAGGCCCGACCUCUUGAACGUAAUACCGCCACAACUUCCAUUUUCACCACCAUGGCUCCAGUCACGCCCUCUCCCAGGCUCUCGAGGAUGUCCCUCGCGUGCCUUUUCCUAUCCCUCAUCACAACGACACACGCGUCCAGUCUCUUCCUCCGCCAAGCAGAAACAUGUGGAGGGAACGCAGACCUCCAACAGUGCGGAUCCGACUUCCCUUCCUCUUUUUGCUGCCCCAAAGACUCAACCUGCAUGUCUCUCAACGGUGGAGACGUACAAUCAGUCAUCUGCUGUCCAUCCGGUUCGGACUGCGCCUACAUCCAGCCUACCACCUGCGACACCACGCAGCUGAACGCUACGCUCCAUCCAGACAACCAGAUGCAUCUCUCAGAGACCGACGGCAUUGACCUGCCCAAAUGCGGCGACAAGUGCUGUUCGUUGGGCUACACAUGCCAGGGCACUAUGUGUGCAAAGGAUACCUCACCAUCGUCAUCCCCGUCUCCAACUUCAACCGCAAACCCAACACCCUCCUCCACCAGCCCAGCGUCCGCCUCCCAAACCUCCGACUGCUCAGCCACCGCACCACUCCAAACAAAGCAGGGCUUCGAUGGCCGGUCCUUCGCAGCUGGCUUCUUCCCCGGCAUAGUCAUCGGCGCCCUCAGCACCCUCGCCCUGAUCUGGAUCAUCAAGAAAAGGCGCGAGUCACAAUCCAAAGAGCGCUACUCCGGCGACUUCGGCCAUGUAGCACGUCAAAUCAGCGACCCAAUCUACGACCCCCAGCACGCCGCCCGGACCGACUUCAUGCGCCGGGGCAGCCACUCCGCGCAUUCGAGCCCCAACUCCACCGACCGAAUCGUCCAAGGCAUGAAGAAAACAAAUGUCAACCCGCCCGUCCACGGCUUCACCCCCAGAAUAAAAAGCAUGUGGGACCGCACCCCCAAACUGAAUUUUGGCUUCACGGGCGGUCUUCCAUCGAACCCUGCACCUCUCCACCCUCCUCCCGUGCGCGCAGGGAACUACACAGAUCCGUACCAGACCCCGCCUCCGAAACCCAAACGCAUUCAUUCUGCUAGUCGGCGCUCGAGUUCCCUUCGUACCAGCACGCAGACAUUCAACACACAGCAAGGGCAACAGCGUCCGAAUGUGGCGCGCAGCGGCAGUUCAGAGACCAUUGAUGUCCUGAUGCCAGCACCGAGUUUCCUGGCUCCCCCACAGGCACCUGGUAUGCGGCGCGACAAUCGCUUCACGGCGGACUCGGCGAACACCACGUUCACGAAGCUCAUGGAGCGGGCGGGGUUUGACGAAGGUGGGCGGCAGGAGGUGAGGGAGUGGAGGACGCCCAGAGUAUAGGCGCUGCAGCACCUCCUUUCGGUUUGUCGGUCCACUCGUGUGAUGCUUUUUCUCUUCUCUUCGUACAUAUGUUCUUCCCUCUUUGCUAUUAUUUCCCUCUCUUUGUUAGCGCUGGCGUUUUGGACCUUCUUUACACUGGGCUGGCAUACUCAUUGCAUGUGCGUUUGCAUUUGGUUCUGGCGUUUGUGCCUCUUUUUAGCAUGAUACCACACAGGCUGGCCUUUCGUCG